CGUUUCCUGUGUGUCACAUGACUCGCGCUCUGCUGUCAUUCAGUAGCUCUUAGCAAAGCACGUCAACCAGCGUCAGAUUUCUUAGGUUUCUGCACCUUAUCCGACAAUGGCAACACUGGUGGCAAACAGGGCGAUGGAUGUGAACGGCCUGGCAGCGGCUUCGAGGACACAUACCCAGGCUGUGACCAGGAACUACAUCUCUCAGCCCCGGCUAACCUACUCCACUGUAUCGGGUGUAAAUGGACCCCUGGUGAUCCUGGAUAAUGUGAAGUUCCCCAGGUAUGCUGAGAUUGUUCACCUGACCUUGCCAGAUGGUACCAAGAGGAGCGGGCAGGUCCUCGAGGUGAUUGGAACCAAGGCAGUUGUUCAGGUGUUUGAGGGAACAUCAGGUAUUGAUGCCAAGAAGACAGCAUGUGAAUUCACCGGUGAUAUCUUGCGUACGCCGGUGUCAGAGGACAUGCUAGGUCGUGUGUUCAAUGGUUCAGGCAAACCUAUCGAUCGCGGGCCGACUGUUCUGGCUGAAGAUUACUUGGACAUCAUGGGUCAGCCCAUCAACCCUCAGUGCCGUAUCUACCCUGAGGAGAUGAUCCAGACUGGCAUCUCAGCCAUUGAUGGCAUGAAUAGCAUUGCUCGAGGACAGAAGAUCCCCAUCUUCUCUGCCGCUGGGCUGCCCCACAAUGAGAUUGCUGCACAAAUCUGUCGUCAGGCUGGCCUGGUGCAGAAGUCCAAGGAUGUGAUGGACUACAGCGCAGACAACUUUGCCAUUGUCUUCGCAGCCAUGGGGGUAAGCAGACAAAUCGCAGCAUUCAGCUUUUCAAACUCUUCCCAGCCCAUCUGUGGCUUUAAUCCCCCUCUUAACCUUGAUGUGACACCUUGUUCCCUCCUCCCGCCCUGCAUUUUGUCCUUUAUUCACCAGGUCUCCGCUGCCCGAGAGGAAGUGCCCGGGCGUCGAGGGUUUCCUGGCUACAUGUACACAGAUCUGGCCACCAUCUAUGAACGCGCCGGCAGAGUGGAAGGCAGAAACGGCUCCAUCACCCAGAUCCCCAUCCUGACCAUGCCCAACGAUGACAUCACUCAUCCAAUUCCUGAUCUGACUGGAUACAUCACAGAGGGCCAGGUGUACGUGGACAGACAGCUGCACAACAGACAGAUCUACCCACCUAUCAACGUGCUGCCCUCUCUGUCCCGUUUAAUGAAGUCUGCCAUUGGAGAGGGGAUGACCAGGAAGGACCACGCUGAUGUGUCAAACCAGCUGUACGCCUGCUAUGCCAUCGGUAAGGACGUGCAGGCCAUGAAGGCCGUGGUGGGAGAAGAGGCGCUCACCUCGGACGAUCUGCUGUAUCUGGAGUUCCUGCAGAAGUUUGAAAAGAACUUUAUUGCUCAGGGCCCGUACGACAACAGGACGGUGUACGAAACCUUGGACAUCGGCUGGCAGCUGCUGCGAAUCUUCCCCAAGGAGAUGCUGAAGAGGAUCCCUCAGAGCACGCUGGCAGAGUUUUACCCCCGAGAGUCUGCUCGUCACUGAGGCUCCACCGCGCUCUGGUUCUGCUGACACGCCCUGUUUCCAUGUCCCAGUGAUAAUAUCCCUCCUUUAGAUUCACUGUAGUGUGUUCGUGUAUGAAAAGUGUCUGAGUAAAGAGUAAGUGUAUCCUAAUCAGUCCUUAUUUAUUGUGCUGUUAUAUAUCAGGAUAUCUUCUUUUUCAAAUAAAGCAAAGGUUUCCUGUAGAGAGCCGUGAUGAUACCUGAAGAUGUUAUUUCAUUAUUUAGUAACAGAAACACACGUACAGGUGCUUGUUUGAAGGACGUCAGUGCUCUUUGCUCCCCGUGUUACGUGGACCUGGAUGCUUCUCUGGACCUUCUCGCUUCUUCUCUGCAUUUACAUUUUUGUGGUGUUUUGAUUUGUGUUGCAAAAACAUGAGUGAGUGUAUUUUAAAGAAAUCACAUCUGUCUGCAGAAACAGCUUCUUGUGCAACCAUGGUUCUGUGAGUUUACAUUAAAUUAUAUGACGGUG